UGUUUUUGACAAGAUGUCUACAGAGAGCUGUUUGGUGUUGCUGCCCAGUGCGUUCGUGGCUGUGCAAGAAAUGUUAGGCUGGCUUUUAGUUGGUCCGCUUAUUUCCCCUGAGACUACAUUUUUCUUAUUUCUGGAGACAAAGCUAAAGGAGGAUGGAAAGGUGUCAUUUCCUUCAAUGGUCCAGCCUAUAGAGGCAUUAGGUGAUGCCUCAGCUUGGCAGACACACUUUAGUACUUCCCCCAUCAGGUGGCAGAAGGACUCAGCUUAUUGGAAUGCCACUCGUGCUUUCAUGAUCCUCUCUGCCAUGUCAUGCUUUGCUGGCAUCAUUGCAGGAAUCCUCUCCUUUGCCCACUUCUCAGCCUUUGAGAGGUUCAACCGCUCAUUUGCUGCUGGGAUCAUGUUCUUUGUUUCAACUCUCUUUGUUCUGCUUGCAAUGGCAAUUUACACCGGGGUGACGGUGAACUUCCUGGGCAAGCGCUUUGGUGACUGGCGCUUCUCUUGGUCCUACAUACUAGGCUGGGUGGCACUGCUCAUGACCUUCUUUGCAGGUAUAUUCUACAUGUGUGCCUACAGAAUGCAUGAGUGCAGAAGAGUGACUGGCCCGCGUUAAAGUAAACAGGAAAUAAUGUGUCAAGGGUGCAAAGGAUAUCAAUUCCCAUUCAAAACAAGAUAAUUUACUGUAAAAUAAUAAAAUUUGGAAUCUUGCAUUUGCACCAAACA